GAGCUUUUAUUUUGAAAAAUAUCUCUCGGCGCCAUAUUGACUGUCGUUCAUUCAGUAACGCUGAUCUUCUUCCCGGCUUCGUUUCCACCAUAUAACAUGGCUUUUCAGUGUCAGAGGGAUAGUUAUAUGCAAGAAUUGGUCACGUCGGUGGUGUCCUGUUCAGCCGCUGAACUGAAGCUGGACAACAAUGGCAAGAAAGAAAAAGUGAAAGGCUUUAACGUGAUAUUAAAAGACACCAUUCUCUUCCCCGAGGGAGGCGGACAGCCCGAUGACCACGGAACCAUCGAGGAUCUGAAGGUGUUGCGAGUCUUGAGGCAAGGAGCUGAGGCAGUGCAUUUCGUCAGCUCGGCUUUAGAGGAAGGCGGCGAGGUUCGGCUCAAGGUGGACUGGGAGCGCAGGUUCGAUCACAUGCAGCAGCAUACAGGCCAACAUUUGAUCACUGCGUUGGCAGACACGAUGUUCGGAUACAAAACCACCUCAUGGGAUCUGGGCUGUCAGCGCAGCAGUAUCGAGCUGGACACGGCCUCUGUGAAACCGGGAGAGAUGGAAGCACUGGAGGAUGCGGUCAACGACAGGAUCCGUGCUCAUGUCCCUGUCAAUGUUCGCCUCCUUUCUUUAGAUGAUCCUGAUGUGGAGAAGGUAAGGAGCAGAGGGCUUCCUGAUGACCACGCUGGACCGGUCAGGAUCAUCGAUAUUGAGGGAAUAGAUGCCAAUAUGUGUUGUGGGACCCACGUAUCCAAUCUCAGUCAUCUACAGGUGAUUAAGAUUCUCGGGACAGAGAAAGGGAAGAAGACCAAGACCAACUUAAUUUUCAUUGCUGGAAACAGAGUACUGAGAUACGCAGAGAAAAGCUACAACACGGAAAAGUCUCUGACGUCACUGCUGAAAACAGGGCCAGAUGAGCACGUCGUUGCGGUGGACAAACUUCAGAAAACGGUCAAGCGACUUCAGAAGAGUAACCUCACUAUCCUCAGAGACAUGGCUGUUCUUAUAGCACAGAACUUCAAGAUCCAGCCAGAGAGAGGAAACCUCUUCAGUUUGCACAACAAGGACGGUGACAACGAGUUCAUGAACAUCAUCGCCAAUGAGAUUGGAGCUCAGGACACUGUAAUCUUUCUGACAGUCGGGGAAGAGAAAGCAGCAGGACUGUUUCUGCUCGCAGGUCCUGAGGACAUCAUAACCGAAGUGGGGCCAUGCGUAGUGGAGCUGCUACAGGGAAAAGGAGCGGGAAAGAACGGCCGUUUCCAAGGCAAAGCCAACAGCUUGGUGAAGAGAGCCGAGGUCGAGGCUUUGCUUCAGGAACACAGCCGCCGGCGCUCUGCAGGAGAGGAGUGAGGGAUGAGCAGGUAGAUCCUGGUGCUCUCACAAGGCCUAGAGCACACCAAGCUUCAGCUGGACUGACAUCCAACAAACACAUCAUGACGAAUUAUAAUUCUAGCAAUUUAACCUGAUAAGUUAUUAGUUCAUCUGGAUCAUCUUUGUUGUCUUAGGCAGUCUAAAUGAAAUCACGCUUAUUUAUGAAUCACACACACAGAAACCAGGAAGUUCAGACAGACAGUUCAAUAGAUACACUUUUAUGAGUUCAUGGGUUGGGCUCAGUCCCUUAGUUCCAGUGAAAGGAACUCUUAAUGCUUCAGCUUCAUACCAAGACAUUUUGGACAAUUUCAUGCUCUUUGUGGGAACAGUUUGGGGAUGACCCCUUCCUGUUCCAACAUGACUGCACACCAGUGACCAAAGCAAGGUCCAUAAAGACAUGGAUGAGUGAGUUUGGUAUGGAGGAACUUCAGAGUCCUCACCUCAACCCCAUAGAACACCUUUGGGAUGAAUUAGAGCGGAGACUGAGAGCCAGUCCUUCUCAUCCAACAUCAUGAAUGCUCUUCUAGAGGAACGGUCAAAAAUUCCCAUAAACACACUCCUAAACCUUGUGGAAAGCCUUCCCAGAAGAGUUGAAGCUGUUAUAGCUGCAAAGGGCGGGACAACUCCAUAUUACCUUCAUGUGGACGUAAAGGCAGACGUCCCAAAACCUUUGGCAAUAUAGUGUAUCUGUGUAAUAAGAUAAGAAUUUUGUAUGUUACUUUAGCACAGUUAACUCACACCUCUGGGGUUGGUAUUUGAUUCUUGCCUCCGCCCUGUGUGUCUGGAAUUCACAAGCUCUCCCUGGACUUGUUUCCCAAAAACUCCAUUUUCCUUCAUCAGGCCAAAAACCCCCAAGGAAUAGACUCCUGUGAUAUAUACUGCAGGAUAAGUGGUACAAAAAUCACCACACCUCUGUUGAUUCCUAAGAUUCCUUAAUGCAAUCUUCAUCUACAGGACAAUAAUAAAUAGAUCAAAAAAUUGUAUUUAAUAAAGAAACACCUAUAAUGGUUGAUACGGUGAAGCUUUCUGUAAGGAGAUGUUUACUCUCUGUGACGUCACGUUCUUCAGGACAGAGGACUUUGUGCUUUCUUAGAACAAAACAAACCCUGGGGAAGGGGUGAUUGUUUAGCGCUUAUGUGAUAACAGGAGAUUGUGCAACAUAUACGGUCAAAAAAGUGUGACAUGUUUGUUAAUAAAUGAACAAACUGCUGUGGUAUACAUAAAUAAAAAAAAAAUAGCACCAUUAUAAUUAAUAAUUACGUUGAUGAAUUACGUGAUGACUUUUGGUCAGGAUAAAUCAUGACACCCUUUUGAUCACUCUUCAGUCCCCAACUGUUAAAUAUUCUCUUAUACUCCUGUAUAUCAAAUGAUAAAAUCAUUCAAAUGAUCAGAGAUCCCAGUUUCUUAUGUAUGUUUUCAGUCAGAAUAGGAAAAUGCCCAUAAGUGACAAGAUUGCCUCAUAUAUUUUGGGAAUGUUUUAUUAAAAAUAAACAUUUUCAAAAAUAGAAUUUUACAGAAAGCACGAGCAUCUAGCAUUCUCAUAUACGCACACAGGAUAAAAAUAAUGAUUUCACAAUACUUAAGCAGCACCUUUCUGUUUGAAAGUACUACAUCUCAGUUCUUAAAACCGAACCUCCUCUAAAAGCAUCGUUGUGCUUGGGCUAGACGCCAAAGCUUAUUCUCAGUACACUUAAAGAGCACUAAGAUACCAGUUAUGAGAUUAAAUAAAACAGUAAUCUAAACACAACAUCAUAACAUCCUGAGCAAUAAAACAGCCUUUUUACAGUGCUUAAGGACGUCUUAAGGAAGCCUAGUACAAGUCAGAUGUGUUGUAAAGAAUGAAAGCCGGACAAU